AUCACAACUGACAAUCACAACCGUUGAUAAAAAUGAGGAUACGUCCAGGGAAAGUCCCUGUGCCUACAAGGCCCGUCCUCCGACCGGUGAUCGACCAAAUACCCAAACCAGCCACACCACCCUCCAAAAUCACCCCAUCAAACCCAAACAAGCGCACUCUCUCAGACCUCACACCAUCUGAUCUAUGCUACUACUGGGACACCAAACCCCCAACCCCCUCCCAACUCGCCUUCGCCGACAAACUAUUCAUCCCAUCCCGCCACUCCCCCCUAAAACUCUGGUCCGCCAGCAAAUUCCGCACAACACCACUCUCCUCGAUCGAACCCGAAGUCGCAUUCCUUGGCCGCUCCAAUGUCGGCAAGAGUUCGCUGCUCAAUGCCAUUAUGGGCCAAGAUAUAUGCUGGACAUCUUCUAAACCGGGUCGGACUCGGGAAAUGAAUGCGUUUGGGAUUGGUGGGACGAAGGGUGGGGAACAUAAAGUUGUGUUGUUGGAUAUGCCGGGUUAUGGUAAGGCGAGUCGUGCGGAGUGGGGGAUGGAGAUUAUGAAGUAUCUCCAGGGGCGUAAACAACUCCGCCGAGCCUUCAUCCUCAUCGACAGCGAACACGGCAUAAAACAAAACGACGCCGACAUCCUCGGCCUCUUCCGCCGCUAUGCAAUCCCGCACCAAAUCAUCCUAUCCAAAGUAGACAAAAUCCUCGCCAAAAACAAAAAGCAAAUAAAGACCGGUGCAUCGGCAAUUGGGAUCCAACGGCUACAAGAUCUGCUUCACAAGCUGAAGCCGAAGGUGCAGCCUGAUCCGAGUAUAUCGGAUGGCCCCGGUGCACUGGGUGAGAUCUUGACGUGUAGCGCUGAUACGCCUAUUGGACCUGGUCGGGUGUUGGGUGUUAAUGCGGUGCGCUGGGCUAUUUUGUCGGCUGCGGGUAUUGAUGGGAGCUUGGAGGGUGUACAGCCUACGUCUGGGGGUUCUACUUGAUUGGUUGACGUAUGCUGUUUAGGACAGUGCAUGAGAAUCUGGAGUCCAUGAAUACCCAAGAUCAUGGGCACUUUGUAUACCUGUGCCCGCUGUGGGAUACAUCACGACAUUUCUGGUCGGUUGAAGACGGGCGAGACAGGAAAUACCCGGCCGGUGGGCAGUCGCUCUCUAAUGCCUAUUGCCGCGUCGGCUGGACCUGUCAGUCAAGAUGGAGUCUCCCCGGCUCCUAUCAGUGAUACAGGGGCCUGCUAGCGCCGACGGAUUUGUUGGCCACUUGCAAGGUUGUGCUGGGAAUUGGCCAGCCUGCCUGGAGACAAUUCUAUUAUACCCACUCUACUCAAACCAUGCAAGGA